AUGAGCUCGUCAUUGUUCUCGCCAAAAUCUCAUCGUCUCGUUGUCGCCUUUGCGAUGACUUUCGGCUAUUGGGCAGUGCUGUCGAUGAGAGCCGAUUUGAGUAUCGCCGUUCCGUGUAUGGUGAAAUCCCAAAAUGUCACUCGCCAAGGGCGCUCUUUGAGCUCAGAAGCAGCGUCUUGUCAAAGAUUCGAUCCAGAAACAUCUCCUUUAGUCGAUCAACAGGGUAAUAUUGAGAUGGAGCUCUGGGCCCAAUCAUUCCUGUUCACGGGCACUUUUUGCGGAGGUCUUUUGAUGAGUCUCUUUGCCGGCUAUUUGUCCGAUCGAUUCGGCUCCAAACUGAUGAUGCUUUGGAGUGCCCUGGUGGCAAUGGUGUGCAGUGGGCUUUCUCCGAUCGUCGUCGAGUCCUAUUGGCUAUUUUUCACCGUGAGAGUCACGAUUGGACUGGCCGAGUCCUUCAUCCUUCCAUCACUCAACACGUUGGCCUGUAGCUGGUUCCCGGCAAACGAAAAAUCGACAGUUGCCGCCAUUUAUUCAUCCGGGGCUCAGUUAGCCGCCGGUGUCUCCUCUCUCAUCGCCUCCUUUUUUUGUCUCUCAUCUCUUGGAUGGCCGUCAAUCUUUUACUUCUUUUGCGCUUUUGGUGCAAUUUGGCUUAUUGUGUGUAAAAUCUUCAUUUACGAUUCUCCACGUGAAAGCCGUUUUGUCAGUGAAAACGAGCGAGAAUAUUUAGAGAUCAACGUAAAAACGAUUGUGAAAAAGUCGAAGAAGAGAAAGCUGUGGAAGAAAAUUCUGACGUCAAAUGCGAUUUUCGCGUCGAGUUUCGCGUGGUUCGCCGGGAAUUUCAUCUCCAACAUUCUCCAAUCGUUUCUGCCAACAUUUUUGAAGGAAUCUCUUUAUUUGCCAAUGCAUCAAGUGGGCCUCUACACAGCCGUUCCAUUUAUCUCUCAACUUGCCUUCAAAAAUCUCGUCAGUCCAUUGGCUGAUCGUUUGCGCGCAAACGGAACCCUCGACGUGAGCACCGUCGUGAAAUUGUUUCAAAGCAUCAGCUGCUUUGGUUCGGCGAUUGCAGGUCUACUGCUUGUCAUCGUUCCGACGUGUGCCCACCCGCACUACGCACUGGUUUUUUUGAUUCUAUAUGGCAUGUCACUCGCUUGUCAAAUCCCGGGCUUUUUCACAACGUUGCUGACGAUCGCUCCAGCUCACACCGGCGUUGUCACUUCUGUCGGUGUCAUAUUUGCCACAUUGGGUAAUCUGGCCGGUCCGAUGGCUAUGUCGUUAAUCGAAAAAAUGGAAGUCGAAAACAAAUGGCUUGUGAUGUUCAUUUUGAGUGCUGUUGUGCAAAUUAUCGCCGGAUUGGUGUUUCUCUGUUUUGGGACCGGUCGAGCACUCGCUUGGACCGAAAAUGAGGGAGGUGCU